AUGGCCAAGAAUAACCAGGAAAAUGGCGCAAAUGUGACAAGGGAAGAACUUGGAGACAAACGUAAAAUUAUGCAAAUAAUGGAGCGAUAUGAGGGCGAGCAGGGUCGCUUGGUCGGGAGUCAAAUGGAAGAGAAAGUGCGCUGCUCCAAUGAGGUGACGCAAUGGGCGGGAGUGCAAAGUGGCAGACGAUCAUCCCUCAGCUCUUUCAGGGAUGAGGGCGUAUUGUCACGAAAAAUACGGAUAGCUCCCGUACCGUACCAAACGGGUGAAACAUUGGGGCCAAAGGCUGUGGCUGAAGGUAAAACGGGAUGUGGCUCAGUUUACGGAGCAUUCUCAAGGAUCCUCAGGCACUAG